AUGGCCGACGGAGAGCCUAUUCUGUACAGUCUGUACAUUUACGCUCCAAACAAAGGCGCACCCAUCUUCUUCAUAGCUGGGUACGCCAUCUCCGCCAUCUUCUACAUCUGGCAAUGCUGGUGCUAUCAUGCCGUCAAGUUGACCGGACUCCACCUGAUCUGUGCAGUCAUGUUUACUGUCGGCUAUGGACUUCGAGAGUACGGAGCCUCGAACUAUAUGUACGAGAAUGAUGACAUGACUCCACUGAUCGUCUUCAUUCUUAGCCAAGUUUUCGUAUAUGUUUGUCCUCCGCUUCUUGAGCUCGCCAACUACCAUAUCCUUGGUCGUAUUUUUCACUACGUGCCACACCUUGCCCCAAUUCCUGCUGGCAAGGUUUUGGGCGUUUUCGGUGGCUUGAUGGCCGCGGUGGAGCUCUUGAACGCUCUAGGGGUAGCACUGGCUGCUAAUCCAUCAUCGGGGCCUUCUCAGCAAGCGACGGGUAGCUACCUGACAGUCGCCGCUAUCAGCAUUCAACUCGUGGUUAUUGUUAUCUUCGUAUGCAUCGCCGGUACUUUCCAUGUGCGAUGCAUGAAAACCAGGGUGCCUCUGAAGAACAUUAAGACUCUACUGUCCACACUGUACGCGACGAGCUUCAUGCUCAUCAACUCUGCUUUAUGGAACAUAUGGAAUCCGGGUCGCUUUUUGCCCAAGGACUAUCAUAUCUAUCUGGCACAAGACGGCACCGAAGUACAUGGUGAAAGGGAUACAGACAAACGACCGCUUCUUGCCAAGACGGCGAACGUAUUGACGUUUGGCCUGCUCUUUCGGAGGAAGAGAACGAAUUAUGCAGCGCAGGAACUUGCUCAGUACCGAGACGCUCGACAAGAGGAAUCAUCUGGUCAAGGCCCCUCUGGUCAGUUGACGUCUUGA